AUGGCGACAUUUCAAUAUGGCCUUGACUACGCACUCGUCGGUGGCUUCCUCUCCAUGCCGGGUUUUCUCGAGGUUUACGGCUAUUACUCGCCGAAGCUGAAGGCGUGGAAUAUCGACCCCACGGUCCAGCAGCUCAUUUCCUCCCUCAUGACCAUUGGCACCUUCGUUUCGUCGCUGCUGGUCGGCCCUCUCAGCUCCAAGGUCGGCCGACGAGGCGGUUUAUGGGCCGCCGCCAUCCUGAACGCGAUUUCGACCUCGAUCAUGCUGGGCACGACGAGCGUAGGAGCGCUCUACGUCGCGCGGCUCAUUCUGGGCAUCGCCGUCGGAUGGUACCUGACCUUCGGACAACUCUACCUCUACGAAGCCGCCCCGGCGCAUCUGCGCGGCAUCGUCAUGGGCAUCUACCAGAUCAUGCUCUCGGUCGGAUCCGUCGUCGGCGCCAGCGUCGACUACGGCACGCACACGAUCAACAGCAAGCUGGCGUACCAGAUCCCGCUGGCCGUCUUCUUCGUCGCGCCGACCAUCCAGUCCGUGGCCAUGAUCUUCUUCCCCGAAAGCCCGCGCUGGCUCAUGGUGCAGGGCAGGGAGAAGGAGGCCGAGAUGGCGCUGCGCCGGCUGCGCAAUUCCGCCAUUGACGAGCGCGAGCUGCAGGCCGAGUAUAACGAGAUCCGCGAGUCGACGCGGGAGCAGGUGCGCGCGAACAGGAGGCAUCUAUUUCUGGAGAUGUGGCGGGGCACGAAUCGUCGACGGUCCCUGCUGUCUAUUGCUGUCGUGUGCUUCCACAGUGCAAACGGCUCCUCAUGGGUCAACAUCUACACGACGUACUUCCUGACAAUGGCCGGGGUGAAGAAUUCCUUCGGCUUCUCGAUCAUGAUCACCUGCAUGGGCCUGCUGGGCGUGAUAUUCAGCCUGUUCAUCGUGCGCGUCGUCGACCGGCGCACCAUUAUCCUGUGCGGCUGUCUGGCAUGCGGCAUCUUCCAGCUCAUUCCUGCGAUCGUGUGGAGCGCGAAGCCGGGCAGUCCGGAAUCUGGCAAAGUGGUCGUUGCGUUUAUUGCGCUGUUUACUUUUGCGUAUGUUGCGUAUGCACCAACCGCCUGGCUCCUCGGCGGUGAAUACCCCAACAACCAACUCCGCCCGAUGACCUUCGGUCUCGCAACAGCAAUGAACUUCCUCCUCAACUGGGUCGGGACAUACACGGCGCCGUACUUCAUCAACCCGGCCCAGCUGGGCUGGAGCGCCAAGUACGGAUACAUCUGGUUCGGGUCGAACAUGGUGCUCGUGCUGUUUGUGCUGUUCUGCUUGCCGGAGACGCGCGAUCGGACGCUUGAGGAGAUUCAUGAGAUGUUUGAAGCGGGGAUUCCGGUGAGGGAGUUCAAGACGUAUGUCUGCACGGGGGUGGAGGCGUAUCGGGCGCAGGGGGCGGAGAGGGCGGGAGUUGUGAUGAAGGAGAAGGAGGAGGCGGUUACACAUAUCGAGAGGGUUUGA